AUGAGUCAGUCCAAAGAAGCAGCAAAACAUGGAUUAGGGGCAGCAGCAACUAAGACAUCUGAACUGGGCUCCAAGGCCCAGGAAAAAGCUCGUGCAGGAGUUGGUGCAACAACCCAAUUUAUAUCAAAGAAGUCUCGUCCAGUAGCUGAAACAACUUCUGAGAAAGCCCAACAAGCCAAAGAAGACAUAUCGUCUGCGGGACAAAAGUCUAUGGAGUACACCAGUGAGAAGGCGGCACAAGCCAAAGAUACCACUGUGAGCUCCACAAAGACGGUGGCAGGGUACAUGGGGGAGAAGGCAGUGGCUGCUAAGGAUGUGGCGGUGCAGACAGGUAAACCUGCAGCUCAGUAUGCAGGGAAGGUAGCAGAAGAGGUGAAGGAUCAGGCUGUAGUUGCUGGCUGGGGGGCUGCCCAUUACACUACAGAGGUUGCUGUGGAUGCUACAAAGAAAGCAGGUGGUGUGGUCGGAAAGGCUAAGGACGUAAUGGCGACUGCUGCCCACAAAGCAACGGAAUUGGCUGAGAAACCAGUUGCUGUGGCAAGAGAUGUGGCAGUAGACACUGAAGAAAAAGUUGCGGAUUACACUGCUCGGAAGAAGAGGGAGGCUGAAAAAUACAAGGAAGAGAAGCACACGCAAUAUGAAGCGGUAUGA